GCGAAAAUUCAGAGAUUUGGCGUUGCUUUAGUGUUUGGCCACCUCUCUCUCCCUGUCAUGCCACUAAGUUUUUGUUUGAGACUGUCGUCACUCUGUAUAUAGCCAAUUUGCUUUUCUUCAACGAAUCUCUCUCUCACAUAUCUCUUCAGCCUCCCCCGAAAAGUCUCGACUUUAUCUCGGGUUCUCUCGGAUUCUUCUUUUGAUAUCUCCGCAACUCUGUUUUUGGGAAAUUCAAGAGGAGAUGUCGAAAGCUGGAGCAUUGGAUCUCGCAUCGGGUCUUGGUGGAAAGAUUGACAAAACCGAAGUUCUCUCUGCUGUUGAAAAGUAUGAGAAGUAUCAUGUCUGUUAUGGAGGCGAAGAGGAAGCAAGAAAAUCUAACUAUACUGACAUGGUUAAUAAAUAUUAUGAUCUUGUUACCAGCUUUUAUGAGUAUGGCUGGGGAGAGUCUUUCCACUUUGCACCCAGAUGGAAAGGGGAGUCUCUUCGAGAGAGUAUCAAGCGACAUGAGCACUUCCUUGCUUUACAACUAGGACUAAAACCUGGACAGAAAGUUCUGGAUGUAGGUUGUGGAAUUGGAGGACCAUUGAGAGAAAUAGCUCGCUUCAGCUUAGCAUCAAUUACUGGGUUGAACAACAAUGAAUAUCAGAUCACAAGAGGAAAGGAACUAAACCGUACCAUAGGAGUGGACAAGACUUGCAAUUUUGUAAAGGCUGACUUCAUGAAACUACCUUUUCCUGAGAAUUCAUUUGAUGCAGUAUAUGCAAUUGAAGCUACCUGCCAUGCACCGGAUGCAUAUGGAUGCUACAAGGAGAUUUACAGAGUAUUAAAACCCGGUCAAUGUUUUGCUGCAUAUGAGUGGUGCAUGACUGAUGCAUUCGAUCCCAAUAACCAAGAACAUCAAAAAAUUAAGGCGGAAAUUGAGAUUGGUGAUGGCCUCCCAGACAUCAGAUUGACAGGAAAGUGUCUUGAAGCUUUGAAACAAGCUGGUUUUGAGGUGAUAUGGGAGAAUGAUCUUGCAGUGGACUCACCUCAACCUUGGUACUUGCCUUUGGACACAAGUCGGAUUUCAUUUAGUAGCUUUCGUCUAACAGCUGUUGGGCGUUUUUUUACUAAAAACAUGGUCAAGGCUUUAGAAUUUGUUGGACUUGCACCACCAGGAAGCCAAAGGGUUCAAGAUUUUCUGGAGAAAGCAGCUGAAGGGCUAGUAGAAGGUGGAAAGAGAGAGAUUUUCACACCGAUGUAUUUCUUCUUGGCCCGGAAGCCGCUUUCAGAGAGUCAGUAAAUUGGUAGUGAAGACUAGUUAACCUGUUAUGGUUUUGGACAAGUAUGUUAGAAUUGGGUGUUGACCAUGCUACCUGACUUGAGAGCUCUCUUACUUUGUUUGUGUUCAUUUGCUGUGAGUUUAUUUUUCAUGUUUAUUUGCCUGAGGAAUACUUGUUAGCCUUGGACCUCCAUUCGGAUAUGAAGGAAUGAAGUUUCCACCCUGCUUCAGCUGGGUUUCUGUUUG